AUGACAAUCGAUAAAUCGGAUACCCAUGCAGGGUCUAACUCCCCGACUGAAGUAGACCUUGACAUCGCAGUCAUUGGAGCUGGCGUCUCCGGCAUCAACACGGCGUACUACAUUCAGACCAAAGCACCCAAGGGGCUUUCGUACACCGUUUUUGAGGCCAGAGAUGCCAUCGGUGGAACCUGGGAUCUUUGGAGAUUCCCUGGGAUCCGAACCGACUCGGACGCCUACAGCUAUGGCUUCUCCUGGAACCCGUGGGGAAGCGAGGCCCUUCUGGCUCCACGUUCCGACAUUAUCUCCUACCUGAACAGCUCGGUCGAGAAACAUGGUAUCGACAAGCAUAUCAAAUUUCAGCAUAGAGUCCUGUCUAUCGACUGGUCGUCCAAGCGCUCGGCUUGGAACAUGACUAUGCAGGUCGACAAUGAGGUCAAGACCAUUCGGGCCCGAUUCAUAGUCUUCGGAACCGGAUACUACGACUACCAUGAGCCCAUGCAUGCCCCUAUUCCGGGGCUGGAGAACUUUGCUGGCACUGUCAUCCAGCCCCAGUGGUGGCCUGAAGACCUGGACUAUACCAACAAGAACAUGGUUGUCAUUGGAAGUGGAGCGACUGCCAUCACCAUCGUACCCAAUGUUGCCGAAGAGGUGAAGCAUGUCACGAUGCUGCAGCGGAGUCCAAGCUACAUCUGGGCCAUCCCCAAGCCCGACCUCCUGACCAGAGUCGUCAAGUUGGUGCUCCCGGAAUUUUACGCUCGGCGAUUCCUCCGCCUCAGGUACAUGAUGUACCUCUACACGGCCUACUAUUAUGCCGGUUACUUCCCCAAGAAAACUAGGAAGACGCUCAUAGACGGUGCAGCCAAGAAGCUUCCAUCGAAUGUUUCCGUCGAUCCGCACUUCACCCCCAGCUACAAUCCCUUCCAGCAGCGGGUCUGUAUGACCCCCGAUGGCGACUUUUUCGCCGCCAUCCGUUCCGGCAAGGCCAGUGUUGUCACCGACACCAUCAAAGCCGUGACCGCGGAUGAGAUCCUGUUGACUUCGGGAGAGACUCUGCGACCUGACAUCAUUGUGGCCGCCACGGGGCUGAAGCUGCAGUUCGCGGGUGGCAUCAAGGUAUCGGUGGACGGCCAGACCAUUGAUCCCGCUAGCAAGUUCUCUUGGCAAAACUGCAUGAUCCAGGACGUGCCCAACAUGAUGUUUAUCUUCGGGUAUGCGAAUGCUGCCUGGACACUGGGGGCCGAGGUCACCGCUACGCUGCUUGUGCGGUUGUUGCGCCUGAUGAAGGAAAAGGGAAUUGCGGAAGCUAUUCCACGGGUACAGCAUCCUGAGAACAUGAAGCAGGAGUCGUUGUUCAACCUGACAUCGACGUAUGUGAAGGAUGCUGAUAGUGUGUUCCCGAAGGGAGGUCAAGGCCCGUUCAACCGAAGGCGGAAUUACCCUGUGGAUAUCUGGGGAGCCCGAUGGAGUGACAUCUCCAAGGGAUUGGAGCUUCGACGAUGA